AUGGGUGGGUUGUCCCUUCCCACUGGUAGUGGCAAGGUUGCCAAAGACGGCGUUUCUAAGAAACCCCCCAAGAAGACUGGAAGCUCGAAAGAGUCUCCAACUUUAAGACGCAGAAGAAGCAUGCUGAUCGGUCAUGGUAUCGAUGUGAAGGCCGCCGGCCUGAGGCUAUAUCGAAUGGCCGCCGAUGCCCCAGAGCCUCCCCGUUGA